UUUUGUUUAUUGAUAAGUAUUUCAUUCGUUAGGAUACAUUUGUUAUCUUUCAUUCUUUAUAAUACUGUCAUAAAUCUUUGAUAUUUUUUAAUUGCAAAUGCGAAAUUGUGUCAUUAUUAUCGAUUUUUCAAAUAAUUGUUACAUAAACAAACUGUUAACUGAUGUAUGCUGCAAGCCGAACGGUCGUCAAUUAUCUGGAAAGUUUAAUUAAUUUGCAAUCAAAGGAGGAUUAGGAAGAGGAAAAACAUGUCUAAAGUACUCAUAAUAAGACAUCUUCCAGAAGGAUUGUCUUUUGAAGACAAGGAAAAGUUACUAAAACAUUUUGGUGCUAUAAAAAUUUGGGAAAAAGUAAAGAAACGAAAUUAUAUAUUCGCAUCUUUCUCUACUGUUGAAAAAGCAAAAUCAUGUUUGCAACGAUUGCACAUGCUGGAAAUUGCACAACGACGCCUUGUGGUAGAAUAUUCUUUUGAGAAAGAACCAGUUACUGAAACUAAAAGAAAAGAUGAUACUAACUCAACCAUCACAAAUCAAAUUAAAGAGUUCUUACGAAUUAUCAAUGCUUGGAACCCAUCACUCGACUUUUACCAACCACCACCAGUACAUUUACGGUAUUCAUACCCUAAAGUAAGCCCACAAAUAAUCGUUAAUAUUAUGUAUGAACUAUUUGUUCACAAACCUUUUUAUACUCAAACUCUUCAUCUCAUGAACAAGAUGUCACUUAAAACUCCUUUUAAAGAAAAUGAAACUGCCAUUAAUUUUUUCAAAGAAAACUUUAGAGAUUAUUUCAUAGAGGAAAUGUCGAUACUACCUCCUUCGGAACCAAGUGAUCCUGAAUCUGAAAUUUCAAGUGAUGAUGAAAUACCAAAACAAUUGUUACCAUCAAUGACAAAGAGGAAACAUACCUUGCCAAAAACAAGGAAACGACCUGCAGCAGUUCUAUCAACAGCUUUAUUACCAAAACAGAAAACAGUGAAGCUAAAUCAGGAAGAAGUUUUUGAUGUUGUUACUCCAGUAAUAGAAGCUAAAAAAAUAUCCCUAGUAGUAUCCCAAGAUGCUCUACAAAAACAAUGUGAAAAUGAACCAGAGGUUGUUGGCGAGCUUGGUAAAUUUCAAAAAGAAGACCAACCUUCUGAUGUCCAGCAAAUAGCAGAAGAGCAUGAGCAACCACCUAUUACUAAGCAAGAAAUAUUGGCAAAUAGAAUAUCUAAUAGUGAUAUGAAAAUUCUUCCUGUAUUUAAAAACUAUCAUCCGGGAGAACCAUCAAUGAGAUUGUAUAUAAAGAAUUUAGCUAAAACUGUAACAGAGCAAGAUGUCAAAAGGAUAUAUAAACGUUAUCUACAACAUAUACCUGAAGAAGAGCAAUUAGGUUUUGAUGUGAGAGUCAUGCAAGAAGGCAGAAUGAAAGGUCAAGCUUUUGUAACAUUUCCAUCAGUGAAAAUAGCAGAAGAAGCACUAAAUGAAACUAAUGGGUACUUAUUGAAAGAAAAACCUAUGGUUGUUCAAUUUGCUAGAGCUGCUACUAAGAAAACGAUAGAAUAAUAUAUGUCAGUGAAGUGUUGUAUGAAUAAAAACUUAUUCCUAUAAAGCCAAAAAUUAAAAUUGUUAUAUUUAAUUUUGUGUAAAGGUAAUAAAAAACAAAUUAAACCAA